GCGGGGUGGAGAGGAGAGGGUCAGGUCCUGGCUGAGUAAUCUCUCCUCUUGUGCUUGAGAAAGUUGAGAGGGGAAGAAGGCGGCCAAGGGCCUUGUCUCUGCUGCGCAGGAGCUGCCCUUGUCCCAGCAGCUGGGCUGCGAGCCGCUUACAGCUCCAGUGGAGUAGUAUUAAUAUUAUUUUUGCCUGCGUUGCGUGUGUGUGGAGCCUCUUCUUGCCUGACAUGGUGCAAAGGCGGAGGGAGCAAUGGCGACUUGUCCUGACACACGGAGGGGCUGAGGAGCAGCAGGAGGCAGCCGAAGCGGGACGGAAAAGGAGGUUUUUUUCAGUAUAAUUAGGGUCAGAAGAUAUCUUUGAGCUGGAAUCCCUCAAAUAACCUUCAAAGAUGAAGGCAGCAGAUGAACCUGCCUACCUGACAGUGGGAACUGAUGUCAGUGCCAAGUACCGUGGUGCCUUUUGUGAGGCAAAGAUUAAGACAGUGAAAAGACUGGUGAAAGUUAAGGUGAUCCUGAAACAGGAUAAUUCAACUCAGUUAGUGCAAGAUGACCAAGUAAAAGGACCUUUAAGAGUCGGUGCAAUUGUUGAAACCAAGAUGCCUGAUGGAUCCUUUCAAGAAGCUAUUAUCAACAAAUUGACAGAUGCCAGCUGGUAUACUGUAGUUUUUGAUGAUGGAGACGAGAGGACAUUGAGACGAACUUCAUUGUGCUUGAAGGGGGAGAGACACUUUGCAGAAAGCGAGACACUUGACCAACUGCCACUAACAAAUCCAGAGCACUUUGGAACUCCAGUAAUUGGGAAGAAAUCCAACAGAGGAAGAAGAUCUUCUCUUCCUGUCACUGAAGAUGAAAAAGAGGAAGAAAGCAGUGAAGAGGAAGAAGAAGAUAAGAGACGUCUUAAUGAUGAACUGCUUGGCAAAGUUGUGAGUGUAAUUUUUUGUUCAGAGAAGACUGACUGGUAUCCAGCUUUGAAAAGUCCUACACAAGAUAAAACACGACAGGGCCAUGGUGAUCAUGAUAGCACCCGUGUGGCCCAGACAGACCUGGUUCCCUUACCUGUCACAAAGGUAAUAUCUCCCAGCUGUAAUGAUGACAUCACGGUGAAAAAGGACCAGUGUUUAGUUCGAUCUUUUGCAGAUUCCAAAUUUUAUUCAAUAGCAAGAAAGGACAUCAAAGAACUAGAUGAAAACCUAUCAAAAUAUGAUCUGCCUGCUAAAAAAGGGUUAAAGGAAGCAAGCAUUUUCUUAAACACAAAAGCUGUUCCUGAUAACUGGAAAAUGGACAUGAGUGAAAUCUUGGAGUCCUCCAGCAGCGAUGAGGAAGAUGGAGCUGCUGCAGAAAGUGAUGAUGAAGAAGAAGAGGAAGAAGAAGACGACAAAGUGGAAGAAAAAGAGGAAGAAGUAGUGCCGGAGGAAGAGCUUGAUCCUGAAGAGAGGGACAACUUCCUCCAACAGCUUUACAAGUUUAUGGAAGACAGAGGUACUCCUAUCAAUAAACCACCUGUUCUGGGCUACAAGGAUCUUAACCUCUUCAAACUUUUUAGACUGGUGUAUCAACAGGGUGGGUGUGACAAUAUUGACAGUGGUGCUGUAUGGAAGCAAAUUUAUAUGGACCUUGGCAUUCCUAUUUUGAACUCAGCUGCUUCCUACAAUGUAAAAACUGCUUAUAGAAAGUAUCUUUAUGGUUUUGAAGAAUACUGCCGCUCUGCAAACAUUCAGUUUAGGACCAUCCAUCAUAAUGAACCAAAAGUGGUAGAAAACAUUCAGAAACAAGAAGAACCAAUGGAGGAAAGUGUAAAAGAGGAACAAGAAAUGCUUCCAGCAGAAGUAAAAAAUGAAGUGGAAGAAAAUGAUUCCAGCAGUGAAAGUGAAAAAGAAGAAAUAGAAUUAAGAUCCCCAAGAGGGCGGAGGAGACUUGCUCGUGAUGCAAUAACUAUUAAAAAAGAAACUGAAGAAGAUAAAAUGCAGGACAAAUUAAAAGAUAGCAACAAAGAAAAUAAAGAUGUAGAGGAAACACUUGAGAAUGCAGAGAAGAAAGAAAAUGAGACUCCACUGGGGAGAAAGAACACAUCAAAGCAAAAAGAGAAGAAAAUGAAAAAACAAGAGGAAUCUGAUAAAGAAUCUGAUGAAGAGGAAGAGAGGAGGCAAGAGAGGGAGGAAAUUGAUAACAAAGGAGAAUCAGAAGGGGAGGAGGAUGAGGAGGACACAGAGCCCUGUCUAACGGGAACCAAAGUGAAAGUAAAAUAUGGACGUGGAAAAACUCAGAAAAUUUAUGAAGCCAGUAUUAAAAGCACAGAAAUUGAUGAUGGAGAGGUUUUAUAUUUAGUACAUUACUAUGGCUGGAAUGUAAGGUCACCUGACUUCCAGUGCUUUGCUGGCAGGAGACCAGGAAGGUCUGCACCUUCAGAUAUCCUCAGGAUCUUAGGAAGAUAUGAUGAAUGGGUGAAAGCUGAUCGGAUUAUCUGGCCUUUGGACAAAGGAGGACCAAAGAGAAAACAAAAGAAAAAAGCAAAAAAUAAAGAAGACCAGGAAAAAGAUGAAAAGAAGGAUGAGGAGAAACAGAAAUCAAAACGUGGCCGCCCACCUCUGAAAUCUACUCUUCUGUCAAAUAUGUCUUGCAGUUUAUCCAAAACACCUAAUAGUGAAGGAACACCUCGCAGGCAGACGAGACGUAGCUCAGGAAUGUUUGAUUCUGAUAGAGGCUCAAAUGAUUCUGAUUCAUCUGACAGUGAAACUGAUGAGACUUCUGAAAAGAAUAUGAAUGAAGAAUUUUCUGCAGACAUUUCGGAUAUGGAAAAGAAUGAAAAAGGAAUUGAUGAGAAAUCUGUGGAAGAAAACCCAAAGAUCCCACAUGCAUUGAUGAAAGAAAAUGACAGGACUCAAGGGCAGCCUCUAGAAACUUUGAAACUGGAAGUUGAAGAAAGUGAACAAAUAGUUCAGAUUUUUGGAAACAAAGCUGAACAAGUAGAAGAAAUUAAAAAAGAGACUGAAAAAUCACCUAAAGGGAAGGGAAGAAGGAGCAAGACAAGAGACCCCUCUUUAGAGAAUGUAAAAAUUUUACCAGAAAGCCACGAAGAGGGAACAAAUGAAACCCUCAUAGAAUCUGAAAGAUCAGAAAUUUCUUCCUUAGAUAGUAAAGAGUUUUCCACUACUACUGAAAACGAAACAGACCCUUGUACAAAAGAUAAGAAGUUUUUAAAAAGGAAAACAUUGGAACAGACAUCGCCUGAGAAAAAGGUACGACGAGAGUGUGAGAUGGAAGUGCCAAAUAUUGUAUCUGAUGAGAGGACCGGUGAAUGUAUUGGGAUGGAGGAAUGUAAAGAUUUUAAUGAAGAGUCGCAUAGAACUGAAAAUGAAGAAAUGCCAUCUUUAGUAGCAGAGUCAAAUCAACAUGUUCAAGAGCUGACGAAUGAAAACUUUGCAUGCACAUCUGAAGAAAAUGAGCAUAUGCCAUUAAAAGAUGACGAUGACACUAUGCCUCAGAUUGGACCUGAAACUCUCCUUUGCCAUGAAGUGGACUUGGAUGACUUUGAUGAAAAGGAAAAGAGCAGUAGUGAGGAUGCAGUAACAGAAAAGCCAGAUCCUAACACUUUGACCUCAAAUCUGUCUGCCUUACCCCCUACAGUCCAGCCUAAUUUUUCUGUGGCCUCACCCCUUGCUCUUAGUCAGGAUGAAUCUCGCAGUAUAAAAAGUGAAAGUGAUGUAACUAUUGAAGUGGACAGUGUGGCAGAAGAAUCUCAAGAAGGUCUCUGUGAAAGCGAGUCUGCUAACGGAUUUGAAGCCAGUACCACUUCAAGCAAUUGUAGUAUAGUAGUACAAGACCGAGAUAUUGGAGAGAAGGGUCAAAAAAGGCCAAGUGAUGGCAAUAGUGCGACACUGGCAAAGAAACAAAAGCGUACUCCAAAGCGAUCAAGUGCUGUAGCCAAAACUGAAAAGAAUGGAACAGGACAAAGCAGUGAUAGUGAAGAUCUUCCUGUACUGGACAGUUCAAGUAAAUGUACUCCAGGAAAACACAUAAAUGUGUCCAAACCACAGAAACUUGCACGAUCACCUGCAAGAGUAAUUUCCCCUCACAUCAAAGAUGGAGAAAAGGAUAAACAUAGAGAGAAACAUCACCACAAUCCUUCCCCUAGAGUGUAUAAAUGGAGUUUCCAACUCAAUGAACUAGAUAAUAUGAAUAGCACUGAGAGAAUCUCCUUUCUACAAGAAAAACUACAGGAAAUCAGAAAAUAUUACAUGUCCCUGAAGUCAGAAGUAGCAACAAUAGACAGAAGAAGAAAGCGAUUAAAAAAGAAAGACCGAGAAGUGUCUCAUACAGGAGCAUCCAUGUCGUCUGCUUCAUCAGACACUGGAAUGAGUCCAUCUUCAUCUUCUCCUCCCCAGAAUGUGCUUGCUGUAGAAUGCAGGUGAUACACAUUAUCUGCUUUGCCAGCAGUUUGCUGCCAUGGACAUAAAUCCUGAAAUAUAACCACAAAAAGCACUCAACUGGUUUGAUAUUGCCAAGUACAUUCUGAACACUCUUCCACUGCUGGACUAUAUCUGUUUCCUCCCCUCUGUGUUUUUUAUUUUAUUUUAUUUUUACUAUUGAGAAAUUAAGCUCAUUAGUAACUGAAGGUUUGCAGGCACCAUCUGACACAUUUGUCAUCGUGUUUAUUUUUUGUUAAUACAGAGAAAGGGCACUUAUCAGAUUUGAAAAGUUUUAUGUCCAGUGAAGCAUUCAGGUGUUCUAAGAGAUUUACAGAAAAGCAAGUGCAUCAAACAGACAUCAGAAUAUUAUCAAACAGAAUCAAGUUACUGCUGCACUUUCACCCACCUUGUAUGCGAACCCUUGGUGAGUAGUUCCUCUUUGUGGAAGCACUUGCUAUACAGAACUGCCAAAGUAUGUGUUCAGCAAUGUGCCCAGUUUUAAAGAUGUAAAUGGGACAAAAUAAAUUGUGAAAGGAAGUGUAGUUGACUGAAAACUACAGUUGUAAUAAGUCUUCCACUUUUUAUAGGAUUUUUGAGCACACAAUUAUGCAAAUAUUUUAAUGUUUAUUAAUGUUUACAGUGGAAUUGUGAAUAGGUUUUCAGUGGACUAUCUUAUCCCUUGACAAAAAUAUUUUGUCUUUUUUCUAUGUAAUUUCAGAGUUUUUAUUUUGUUACAAAAAGACGAAAAAUGAAAUAUAUAACAACAAUGAAGUUAUUUAACAAGAUUUCUAAAGCUGAAAUUUUUUGUGUAAAAUAAGGUAUCUUGCGACUUGUUAAAUAUAUUUAUUCAGACAUUGGAUGUUGUAUUUUUAUGUAUUUUUUAAAAUAUUAAUAAAAUUGGAAAAAAAAUUCUAGGUUAGUUCGCUCUUUUGAAAAAAACAUACCGAUCAGUUGUAGCUCUUACAGGAGGUUUUAUCCAGUAGCCAUGCCUGUAUGUGCAGCGGGUUUAUCUAUUCUUCCACAAUGUAUAACUGUAAUUGGGCAUCUGGAUUAAACUAUGACCUUGUUUGAAAACUUUGGCAGUCCUAGUACUUACAUUGUUUUGAGGAACAAAUUUUAUUGGGUUGCCCUUAAGAUGCUUUGUCUCAGUUUUUAUGUUUGCUAUACUGCCGAAUGAAUUUAUAUCUCCCAAAGUUGAGAUGCAACAAUAAAGUAAGCAACUGUGUAUACUUUGUCUGUGGAUUGUCCCACAGACUGAUGCAGUUUGUAAAUAACUCUUCCAAAACCAUGUAUUUAAAACAGUUUGCAUAUACAUUAUGUAUAAAAGUGAUUUUUUUAUCAAUUUUUUAUUCAUGUUUGUACAUUGAAAGGGGUUUUAACCUCUCUGUGUUUAAAAUGCUGUAGAAUAAUAACAUAGAUGCUCUAGACUGUAUAUCAGGAUAUUAUGGUUCACAAAGCAGAAAGUCAGAGCGAAACACUAGUGAUGGGGGUAGCAUUACUAAAAUUGAUGUUUCUUGAAACUUCAUUUUACCACAUUUGUCAACUUGUGAUUCCAAUUCCUUCCAUUUUCGCAGAGAAUUAAAGAAAAAGUACUCUUGUAAAAUGCACUUUUCCGUCUUUUCUUAAGCAAAGCAGAUUCAAGAUAAAAGAUAAAAUGUAAGAUAAAAUGGAGUUCACUAGAGAGCAUUAAUAAAAGCCGUGUUUAAAACAUA